CGGCGCUGGCGGUGCGGGAAGCGGCGGGGCGGCGGCGAGGCUGAGGCGGCCGGCGCGGGGCGCGGGCGGCGCGGCCAUGGGCUCGCAGGGCAGCCCGGUGAAGAGCUACGACUACCUGCUCAAGUUCCUGCUGGUGGGCGACAGCGACGUGGGCAAGGGCGAGAUCCUGGAGAGCCUGCAGGACGGCGCGGCCGAGUCCCCGUACGCCUACAGUAACGGGAUCGACUACAAGACCACCACCAUCCUGCUGGACGGCCGGCGCGUGAAGCUGGAGCUCUGGGACACGUCGGGCCAGGGCCGGUUCUGCACCAUCUUCAGGUCCUACUCCAGAGGCGCCCAGGGGAUCCUUCUGGUGUAUGACAUCACCAACCGCUGGUCCUUUGACGGCAUCGACCGCUGGAUCAAGGAGAUCGAUGAGCACGCACCCGGAGUGCCCCGGAUCUUGGUUGGAAACCGGCUGCACCUGGCCUUCAAGCGGCAGGUCCCGACGGAGCAGGCCCGCGCGUAUGCAGAGAAGAACUGCAUGACCUUCUUUGAGGUCAGCCCCCUGUGCAACUUCAAUGUCAUCGAGUCCUUCACGGAGCUGUCCCGCAUCGUGCUCAUGCGGCAUGGCAUGGAGAAGAUCUGGAGGCCCAACCGAGUGUUCAGCCUGCAGGACCUCUGCUGCCGGGCCAUCGUCUCCUGCACCCCCGUGCACCUCAUCGACAAGCUCCCACUGCCCGUUACCAUCAAGAGCCACCUCAAGUCCUUCUCGAUGGCCAACGGCAUGAACGCGGUCAUGAUGCACGGCCGCUCCUACUCCCUGGCCAGCGGGGCCGGGGGCGGCGGCAGCAAGGGCAACAGCCUCAAGAGGUCCAAGUCCAUCCGCCCGCCCCAGAGCCCCCCCCAGAACUGCUCGCGGAGUAACUGCAAGAUCUCCUAGCAGGGACGGGCAGAGCCGCCUGUGCAGAUGCUGGGAGGGCUCGAGCUGGACGCUCCUGGCUGGAUGCCGGGCCAGUGCCACCUGCGUGGAGACUGGCCACACCAGCUGCCUCAAAAGCACUGGGCUUUCCUCACACCUGAGCCGGGUGCGAGGAGCAGCAUGCACGGAGCACGUGCGGCAGGCGGGAGGAGGGGGCGCGGCUGGGCUGCUGGUGCUUCUUGGGGUGAAACAAGCCGGGCCUCCCCAGCUGCCUGGGCUCGACCGGCGGAGAGCCUGGCUCGCCUUUCUUAUUUAUAUAGAGAACACUUCACCUUUUUUGUACAUUUUAAGGGGCCUUCAGGGAAGCCUGGGUGUGGCCCCAUGGUGUGCUGGUGACUUCGUGGCCACGCCAGCUGUGGGGGCGCACUUGGGACGCCUCGGGAGGGGAUUCGCAGCAGCGAUGGUCAAAGCGUCCUGUGAAUCCGUGCGCUGCGAGUGGCAGGGCUGCCCAGAGGCCGGGGGAGCAGACGGGGCCGGUGCUUCCUCUGGAAGCUCGGGUGACCUCAGUGGUCACUGUGCUGGCAACGGAUGGAGGGUGUGGUCCUGUGGUCAGAGCCCAAGCAGCACUCAGGAGAGAGGAGAAACGAGGUGCGCCUGGGAGCCCAUACUUUUGUUGUUCCCCAAAUCCCUCCCCACAUGGGACUGAGAACCUUCCUGCUGUGAUGUGACCCCUUCGGGGACAUUGACCACUCAAAACUCAGAUCAUCAUCUCUCCCACCCUGGAGAGUGCAGAGCUAUCUGUAGUCUUACGAAUAUUCGAUGGGCGGUGGCAUCCGGACCCCGGGCACCUGUGUGCAACCUCCUGUUCUCGGCAGCUUCUGUCGCUGGCCCUGGGGUCCCCACAGCUGCAGCUCUCCUGUGAGGUCGCACGGCGUCAGAACCAUCCUGACCUUUUUAGGGACGUGCCUGGAACCACCUCAUCCACGUCCACGUCCACCUGGGGACCUCGGGAGCCUAGGCCCCUCCUCGAAGGCCCACCAGCCCGGCACUCGUGCUGAGCCCCAGGCACGCAGGGCCGGCCACCUCUCUCCUGCAGCCAUUGGCCGCUCCUCCACCCAGUGCUUCUGCCCACGCCUGCCCCAGCAGCCCCUCUGCAGGGUAGCAGUUGCCUGGGCCUACCCACAGCACUGGUGCUCACCUCUACCUCCUGCCCUCGGGCCACACAGCACGGCAUGGCCAGCACGCAGAAGGAGCCCUCCCGGGACCCAGGACCCCCGUGGUGGACUCCACGGCGCACGCUUCCCAAGGUGGUCCCAUGGAGGGUGCUACUGGGCACCAGUGGACUCGCCCCAUGGCCCAUUCCCGGGAGAUGAGGGCCGUGGCCUGCAUGAGCUGCCAGAUGAGUAAGGGAACCCCAGCCAGGCGGCCCUGCCACAGUCCCCAAAGACACUGGCCUCCUGCUCCAGCCUCCCUGUCCUGGCCCCACCUGCCCUGUUGCUGCCAGCAGGGCCCUUGUUUGGGAUUAUGAACAAACCACACAGACUUCGAGGACCUACACGGUCCUACAUUCACGGCAUCAACACUACCCGCACUGCUGUUAGACACUCCACCAUUCCUGGUUCUUUCCGAACCGUUCUUUGUACAGUAAAUGGAAUUCGGCUGUG